AUGAAUAACAAGUUGUUGCGAGAGGAAUUGGAUUAUGAUGCAAAUGCUUUGGAAUCUGAACAUGAGGCAUUAUCAAAGGGAUUGAAUGAGAAACAAACGACUAUAUAUGAUUCUAUUUUGACUUCUAUAUACGAAGAUAGAGGAGAUGCGAUUUUUGUAUAUGGACAUGGCGGGACAGGAAAAACUUAUCUAUGGCAGACAAUAAUCUCUAAACUUCGUUCAGAAGGUAAAAUAGUAUUGGCUGUUGCUUCGUCUGGAAUUGCCUCGCUUCUACUUCCUGGCGGACGAACAGCACAUUCACGAUUCAAAAUACCUUUAAAAAUUGAUGAAUUCUCAACAUGUGAAAUUAAAAAAGGAACACAGCUUGCGAAGUUGCUUCACCAUACCAGCUUAAUUCUAUGGGAUGAAGCACCAAUGAACCAUCGAAAUUGUUUCGAAGCUUUGGAUAGGUCAUUAAGAGAUAUCUUACAAUCAGAUGAUGGAAAUAUUGAACAAAAGUUAUUUGGCGGUAAAACUAUUGUCUUUGGAGGUGAUUUUCGACAAAUACUUCCUGUUAUUAUUGGCGGGACAAGGCAGGACAUAGUUAAUGCAUCUAUCAAUAAUAUGCUUAUAAAAGAUAGUGGAGAUGGUAUUAAAGAUAUUGUUUCUGCUGUAUAUGAUGACAUCCAACAAAACUACAAUGAUGCCACAUACAUAAGAGAUAGAGCUAUUAUUACACCUGUGAAUGAAACAGCCGAUGAAAUAAACAAAUAUGUCUUAUCUUUACUACCAGAUGAAGAUAAAGUUUACAUGAGUUCUGAUUCGAUUUGUAAGUCGACGACAAAUGCCGAUGACAAUGAUGUUCUAAUAGCACAGGAUGGAAUUUAUGCUUUUGGGUCAGCUGAAUCUACAGCAACAGCAUGUUGUUGCUGCUUAUACAGGUACAAGCUAAAUACCAUUGUUAUAGAUGAUACUGGGUCAGCAAACUUCACAAUUUUUGAAAAAUCGGCACAAGAUUUGAUUCGAGUUUCAGCUCAACAAUUAGCAACUGCAACAAAUUCAAAUAGAUUUGUCCUUCCUCCUGUUGUUGAAAAUGUUAUUGGCCAAACUUUUGUUUUCCAAGUUUCACUAGAAACUGGCAGGUUUAAUACAAGCAUGCAAUCAUUUAGAGUCACAAGAAUUUUUCAAUCUUUUUUGUCCGCUAAAGUAAAAAUUGAGGAGAAAGAUGAGGAUGAUGCAGAUAUUUCGGGAGAUGGUGCACCGGCAAGUCCUAAUGGAACAGAAAAUUUAAUCCAAUCUUCUGAUACCGAUGAAGAAGAGAAGUGA